AGGCACUCGGAAAUCGCAGCAGAACAGGGUAUAUCUGAACGGAACUCGAUAACGGACGACCACCCCUUGCUACCGUGCAGAAAUGGGUUAUUCUGUGGGGUUUCUCAUCUAUUCGGGCGUGAUGCCCUUGCUGAAGAUGUUCCUCACCAUCUUCUUCGGGUUCUGGCUGACGCGAAAGGGUUUUUUCACAGCUGCAGCGUCCAGGGGAACAUCCCAGGUAACGAUGAAUGUCGCGCUACCCGGUCUGCUGUUCUCGAAUAUCGUUCCUUCCUUUAACACGCAAAACGUGUCGGCCAUGGGUCCGCUUUUCUUGGUCGCCUUUGUCUACAUGGCUUGUGGACUCUUAUGCGGCGCACUUAUCCGUGAAUUCUGCUAUGUUCCACGUAACUUUUGGGUUGGGAUCUUGAUGGCAACGGCUAUGAGCAACUGGGGCAACUUGCCCACGGCCGUGGUCCUUACUGUCACGGAGGAAAAACCCUUCAAUGCUGAUACAGACCCUGAGCUCGGUGUAUCAUAUGUCUCGAUCUUCAUUCUCGCCUACAACAUCGUCAUGUGGAUUGGUGGUGCAGCCAACACUCUUGCAUGGGACUACGCUCCAGGUGUACCCCAAGGCGACGCGGCGAAUGUCCAUGUCGGCUGGCGCGAAAAACCCAUAGCCGCUUUCUUCCUGCGUAUGCGUGAAAAACAUCUUGCCCAGCGCAAGCAUUCUGACUGCGAGAAGGCUGAGGACCAGAAAGAGGCCGACGCAGAGAAGGACGAGGCACUAUCAGUCGCCGUGGAAAAGCAACCUGAGAGCGACCUCGGAGAGAUGGAGACCGACCCUGAGAUACAACUUGCACGCCGCGCUUCGCGGUUGUCCGCCAACUCCUUUCGGCCACGGCUGCCUUCCACUGGUAUUAGUACUCGUCCGCGUGCCAGCUCGUUGCUUCCACCGCCAAAUGCGUCGCAAUCUUCCUUGAAAGAGCUCCCAGAUACCGCUGUACAGAGUUUGAAGAGCCCGUCAGAGAAACCCGGUCGUCUCGCGUCGCUCUUUCCACCUUUCGUGCGAAGAACGGCCAAACCUAUAUUGAGCCUGUUCACACCUAUCACGAUGAGCAUGUAUAUUGCCAUUCCAGUGUCGCUCAUCCCGCAACUCAAGGCGCUGUUCGUGGAAGUUACCGGAGGUCCAUACUAUCACGGUCCGGAUGGGAACCCGCCGUUGGCGUUCAUUAUCAAUACAGGCAAGCCCCCCUUCCUCCCUUAUUUCGUCGGAAACAUCACUGUUCCUAUGGCUCUGAUCCUAUUGGGUGCUUCAUUCGCACGCAUGAAGAUUCCGCGUCCAUUCAGUAAGAUGCCGUUGCCUGCGAUGUUCUGGGUGUCAUUUUGCAAGCUGGCUUUGCUCCCGGUUCUUGGUAUACUUCUCACACAAGAGCUGACUCACCGUGGUGUUAUACCUAAGGAUGCUCUCGUCGAACGUUUUGUUUCUAUGCUUCUAAGCGGAACGCCGUCAGCUGUGAAUCAACUCAUCGUCACACAACUAUAUGCGAAGGAUCAUGAUCUAGAUACGUUAUCUGUGAGCUCUGUACUGGCUUUCUUGUCAUCCUUCCUCACGCAUCCUUACAGGCAUUCUUAUUGCUCCAAUGUAAGUUCCUUCGAUGCUUGGAUUUGGUUGUUCUAA